UCUAACCGUGGAGGACCGGCAACAGCGAACAUGGAGGUUUAGUUGUCGCCUGGUGUCCGUUGGAGAAGGAGGUCUCACUGACGCGCAUUUUAUUUUCACUUUUCCUUUGUUAUACUUUGUUUUUUUGCCCUCUGCUCGGGCUUCAACAUGGAGAUGAAGAAGAGGAUUAGUCUGGAGCUGAGGAACAGAAAUCCCGCCGAGGUGGCCGAGCUGGUGGUUGAUAACUGUCGCUCCAGUGACGGUGAGGUGGAAGGACUCACAGACGAGUAUGUGGAGCUGGAGAUCCUCAGCAUGGUGAACGCCGGACUCAGCUCACUCUCCAAACUGCCCUCGCUGCCCAAACUACGCAAGUUGGAGGUGAGCGAUAACACCAUCUCGGGGGGUCUGGACUCGCUGGCGGAGAAAUGUCCCAACCUGACCCACCUGAACCUGGGCGGGAACAAGAUCAAGGAACUGAGCACCAUCGAGCCUCUGCAAAAUCUGAAGAACCUGAAGAGCUUGGACCUGUACAGCUGUGAGAUCACGGCGCUGGACGACUACAGAGGCAGUGUCUUUGAGCUCCUGCCUCAGCUCACAUACCUGGAUGGGUUCGACCAGGAGGAUGUCGAGGUGCCCGACUCUGAGGAUGACAACGAUGAGGAUGAUGAAGCUGGCCCACCUGGAGAAGACGAUGACGACGAAGAGGAGGAUGAUGAUGAGGAAGGCUCUGAAGGAGAUGAGGACGAGGUCGGCCUGUCGUACCUGAUGAAGGAGGGAAUCCAGGAUGAAGAGGACGAUGGAGACUACGUUGAGGAGGAGGAAGAAGAUGAGGAGGAAGAUGAGGAUGGAGAUGAGGACAGCGCCGCUGUUCAGGGAGAGAAGAGGAAGAGAGACGCAGACGAUGAAGGUGACGACGACGACGACGAGUAGUUGAACCAUCUUUGUACACUAUAACAUCUGACCCCUCCCACUGCCCCUCCCCUUGCCUCCGAUGACCUCUGACCCGGCAGGAUGUGGCCUCGGAGCCGCAGACAGACAGGAAGCUGAGAUCAGGUUCAUCUCCAAGUUCAUCUCUGUAUUUACAGCAUGGUGCUGUCACUGUUGUCCCGUCAGAUGGUCAGCAGCAAGCCUGAAAUCAGUAACGAGUUGAUAACGGAGCUCAGAAACACGCUGCGUUCGCUCAAACGUACCGUGCACACACAAAGGUUUCAGGAAAAUCAUGAAGAACAAUAAAAUUAAAAACGCACUGGCAGCUCGGCGGGAAAACGUCCCCGUCUGACAGCUGACUGAGUCUGGAUCCGGCUUCAUCAGGUCUUCCUCAUCUCAGUUUUCAGGACUUCCAUCCAAACGCCAUCCAGCCGGUCGCUCGCUUGCUGCAGAGGGCGAGAAGCAGUCAUUUAAAUCAGGUUCAGGGUUAGCCAAUUGAACCAGUUCUUCAGUGUGUAGGCACGUGGUCCGGUUGGAAGAAUCGGCACAAGUUUUUUUUUUUUUUUUUUUUUUUUUUUUUUUUUAACUUUUUAACCUGUGAGGUUAAAGAGGCGUUCCUCGUGGGAAAAGUCCCAAAGCCAAGCUUCGCUUUGCACGCCACUGGUGACAUCGUCGUAUGCUUGCCGCUACGGUGCAGGUACCCGCUGCGGUAUUCUCCUGAUAGGUGUCGCCACUCAGACAGAACCUCCACAUCAGCGCUGGAGGAGAAAACUGGCCUUCCCAAUCAAACCAGUUCUCCUGAUUCUGAAGUUUCUCCUGAUCUUUUCAAACCGUUGCAGCUUCACCGUCUGUGAUCUGUGAAUCUGACACAAACCGACACGAUCUUCUGUCUUCAACCACCUCGAAGCAGCACGGCACGCCAUGUUACAAAAAUCAACAGUGCAUGAGCACAGAAAUGGAGGCUGUUGCACGGCGCUGUUCGGUGUAUGAAACUGGCUUUCGGGGGGGGGGGGUCAUUCUGUUGAUCGAUCUGUUUGUUCUGUCAGCUCUUGGCUGGAUUGAAUGCACAGCUGCUGCCAGAAGGGGGCGGUAGUGUACCUACAGGCUGUUCUGUAGCCAUCUUUAAAGAUUCAGAGAGCAGAGGAUGAAGGAGGGAAUUUAUGAUGAUUGCAGACACAAACGAGUCUGUUUUUAUUUUAUGAAGCAAAUCAGCUGGAAACCCGUUUCCUUUGUUUUCAUUCAGUUUUUAAUCUGCAGCUUGUAAAUAAAAUACAAAGUAGAAGCGGCCCGUGGCGAAGCAGAUCUGGAUCCAGACUCUAUAAACACUGUCAGACCUCCCGCCUGGAAAACGCAUUGUGUUCCUGUAGCUCCGUUAAUUAACAUCGUUAAGUGAUCAGCUGGAAGGCCAGGUCCUCCCACUCAGACCAGUUCUGAUCCUGAAUGUGUGAAUCCAGACACUACACUACCCAUGAGUCUCAGCAGCUGUCCCAACUGCAGCUGCUGAUUGGUCCAAAAGUUCAUCCAGAGUCUGUCACCUUUCUCUGUGCUCUCUGAUUGGAUGUUUCCAUAGCAGUGCACUCUGGGACUUGUAGUUAGCUCCUCCCCUGAGCUUUUUUUUAAAGUGACUGUUACUGCUUUAACCCCACCCCCUGUCACCUGUUUGUCUGCGGCUCCCUGUCCGGCCCCCCUGGCCGCCCCCCCCCCCGUGUAAAUAGCAGUGAACUGGUCUCUAUAGAUUUUGUGGUGUUGUCUGUUUGGCCCUGAUCUGUCGUGUUGAGUUUGGAAGCGUGAAGCCGGAGCACCGCUCCUCCUCCUCCGACCUAAUUUUAUUUUUUUAUUCCUGUCUUCUGAUCGUGUUGCUGUAACCAGAGUGUUUUUGAAUAAAACAACUGAAAUCUC